AUGGACGCUGUGGAGUCAUCCACUUCGCCGUACUCGCCGCCUUCGCUGCGCCACAAGCUGCGGACCACCGUGUGCGGCUGCUUCGGCUCGCCGGGCAGCGGCGGGGAGAGGCAGCAAAGCGGGGGCAGGACCAGGUGGAGGCGGCGCGUGGCGGCCGCCGAGGAGUUUAGGUACGAUCCGCUCAGCUACGCGCUCAACUUUGACAACGGCGGCAGCGGCAGUGACGACGGCGUGAAAGCAGAGGACACCGCCUUCCGGUACCGGAACUUCAACUCGCGCCUGCAGCCCUCGCCGGCGCCGGCCUCCGGAGCCGUCGCAGUCGCCUGAAGUCCUUUGCUGCUUCUGUAGCUUUUUUUUUUGACGGGGAACUACGGCGGGUUUACGCCAGCCUGAACUUAUAUUAGCCAGGGAGAGAUGACAACAUUCACGUAGUUACAUAGGGUGAAGAAAAAGAAAAAUUACAAGGGGUCAGCCCCCGACAAAUAGCAGAUGAAAGCUAAAUUCUCGCAAAUAAAUGAUACAACAUGGUGCCCCAGUCCUUUAGAAGGGCCUGCUUGACAACAUUUUUGCAGCGAUUAGACAGCAUCUUUGUAGCUUUUGUUUCUCUGAAAUUUUCU